AUCAUUGCGUAUCAUUAAAAUUAAUUUGUGGCUUGUUUAUAGCUGGUUCAAAUUUCCAAAUAUCUUUGACUGAUUUGUGUGAAAUGCGUCGAUUCAAGUGCCGAAGCAUCUAUUGCUUCAGAAGAAAGCUUAGUCCGUGACCUCUUGCAUGUGUGGGUUUCACGAUAUGUUUACUGUUUAGGUGACCAUAGGGAGAAGCUAUUGCCAGGACUGAGAAAUGGCUUCUACCACCCCACCUGUCAAAUUUCCCAACUCCAUCCAACAGGCAUUCAAAAAUCACCAACCACCUUAAUUGCCAGCAUAAGAAGACAGAAAAAAGGUUCCCUGGCCCUCCCUUCUCUCAGAUAUUUCUAGUCUCAAAAACACCACCCCACUUACCUUUUCAUUUUGUCCUGCAUCUUUUCUCUUCCUCUCCCUUCAAAAAAGCUUUUUUUUCCUCUGCCUGAUAAUGGCUGAAAAUACUGUAAAAUGGCUGUUUCUCAUUCUAACAAGCUACCUGUCCUUUGGGCUUGUCCUCUCGGCAAGUGACCCAUUGACAAAGAAGACCUACAUCGUCCAAAUGGACAAAUCUGCAAUGCCAACAUCAUUCUCCAGUCAUCUGGAAUGGUACUCAUCAAAAGUAAAGUCAAUAAUGUCCAACACCCAGAGCGAAGAUGAUGGAGAUGAUGAAGAUAGGAUAAUUUAUAGCUACCAAAAUGCUUUUCAUGGAGUCGCUGCUCUGUUAACGGAAGAAGAAGCUGAGAGGCUAGAAGAAGCAGAUGGUGUAGUUGCUAUACUUCCAGAGACGAAAUAUCAACUGCACACAACAAGGAGUCCCAUGUUCCUUGGAUUAGAACCAGAAGAAAGUGCUAGCAUCUGGUCUCAGAAACUUGCAGACCAUGAUGUCAUAGUCGGAGUACUCGACACUGGAAUUUGGCCAGAAAGUGCAAGCUUUAAUGAUACAGGGAUGACACCAGUGCCCGCUCACUGGAAAGGAACAUGUGAAACUGGACGAGGCUUUCAAAAGCAUCACUGCAAUAGGAAAAUUGUGGGUGCAAGAGUAUUCUACCGGGGAUAUGAAGCUGCUAGUGGAAAAAUCAAUGAGAAAAAUCAAUACAAAUCACCUCGAGAUCAAGAUGGGCAUGGUACUCACACAGCAGCCACUGUUACUGGCUCUCCAGUACGUGAUGCAAAUCUUCUUGGUUAUGCCUAUGGAACUGCUAGAGGAAUGGCACCUGGUGCAAGAGUUGCGGCUUACAAGGUUUGCUGGACUGGUGGGUGCUUCAGCUCAGAUAUUCUGUCGGCAGUUGACAGAGCUGUGGCUGAUGGAGUAAAUGUUUUGUCAAUAUCGUUAGGAGGUGGGAUACCAUCUUAUUAUCAUGACAUUUUGGCAAUAGCAACUUUUGGGGCGAUGGAGAAGGGUGUUGUUAUAUCUUGCUCAGCUGGCAAUGGAGGACCAGAUCCUUUCAGCCUCACAAAUGUAUCACCAUGGAUCAUUACAGUCGGUGCUAGCACCAUGGAUAGAGACUUUCCAGCUAAUGUUAAGCUAGGAACUGGGAGAUCUGUAAGUGGAGUUUCACUCUACAAAGGCCGGAGGUAUCUGUCGACAAAUAAACAAUAUCCUCUUGUUUAUAUGGGCAGUAAUUCAAGCAGCCCUGAUCCAAGUUCGUUGUGUCUAGAGGGAACUUUGGAUCCACAUAUUGUUUCUGGAAAAAUCGUGAUAUGUGACCGUGGAAUGAGUCCUCGAGUGCAGAAGGGUGAGGCGGUGAAAGAUGCUGGAGGAGUAGGAAUGAUUUUGACAAACACAGCAGCAAAUGGAGAGGAGCUUGUUGCAGACUGUCACCUCCUUCCAGCAGUUGCUGUGGGAGAGAUGGAAGGGAAGGCAAUCAAGCAUUAUGCUUUAACAAAUCGAAAAGCAACUGCAACUCUAACAUUUCUUGGCACCAGAUUGGGGAUUAGGCCUUCUCCCGUGGUCGCAGCAUUUUCAUCCAGAGGACCAAAUUUCCUCACACAUGAAAUUCUGAAACCUGAUGUGGUCGCACCUGGGGUGAAUAUUCUUGCUGCCUGGACUGGAGAAUUGGGUCCAUCAAGUCUUCCAACAGAUCACAGGAGAGUGAAAUUCAAUAUAUUAUCCGGAACUUCCAUGUCAUGCCCUCAUGUGAGUGGAAUUGCAGCCUUGCUCAAGGCCAGACACCCAGAAUGGAGUCCUGCCGCAAUAAAAUCUGCUCUGAUGACAACCGCUUAUGUUCAUGACAACACCCACAAUCCUCUCAAAGAUGCUUCAAUGGCUGCACCUUCAAAUCCCUACGAUCAUGGAGCUGGACACAUAAACCCAUUGAGAGCUCUAGACCCAGGUUUGAUUUAUGACAUUGAAGCCCAGGAUUACUUUGAAUUCCUCUGCACGCAGAAAUUAACUACAACGCAGCUAAAAGUUUUUGGCAAGUAUUCAAACAGAUCUUGCCAUCACACCCUCGCCAGUCCAGGAGACUUGAAUUACCCAGCAAUCUCAGUGGUCUUCGACACAAGCAUUUCAGUUUCGACACUCCGCAGAACUGUCACUAAUAUUGGCCCUCCUAUUUCAAAUUACCAUGUUGUAGUUUCACCAUUUAAAGGCGCCACCGUUAAAGUUGAUCCAGAAUCCCUAAAUUUCACCAGAAAAAACCAGAAACUCUCCUACAAGAUCACUUUCACAACAAAAUCUCCGCAAACAAUGCCCGAGUUUGGAGGGCUGGUGUGGAAGGAUGGACUGCACAAAGUAAGAAGCCCGGUUGUUAUCACAUGGUUAUCGCCAUUGUAAAUUGCACAAAUGGGUUUCCAGUCACCUAUGAUUUCAAAAUAAACGAGAAGUUUUCUAGAGGGCCAAGGGGCUUGCUAAUUUUAUCAUUAAGAAUGCAUUUCUUUCUAUGUUUUUUUAUAAAAAUUUUGUAGUAUUCACAUAAUAGAGCAGUUAAAAAAAAAGUGUUUAUUCUAUUCAGCAUCUGAAUCGUUUUAGAAGACCUUAAGUAUGAUAGUGCAAGUGAUCAGACCUAGAUAAGAACAAAGCCAGAGUUGCUUCCCAUGGGUAUUCCAUGGCGCAUGAU